AAACUACGAACUCCCAACCCCAUUCUUGGCUUCCUCUCUCUUGCACUCAUUCGCUACCACUACUACGUUUCUCUGUCCUUUGCUCUCGUUCUAGAGAGAGAAACUCAACUUCCAUAGAUCGGCAAUUCUCUCUCGGGAGUCUCCGAUCAGCUCUCGCAGGAUGGAAUCUCUGAGCUCCGAGGCUGAUUUUGAAUACACUAAAAAUCCCCUUCUCUGUGUGUGUAUGUUCGUAUAAGAUUCAAGCUUUGGUCAAAAGGGCUCUUCAUUUCUACAUUAUUUUUUGGAGUGUCACAAUUUUUGUGGUUGUUUGAGGCUUCGAGCUGAUUUGAGUUGGAAUGAGUGAGGGUUUUUGAUGGGUUUUCUGUGGUGGAUUUGACUGAAAUCUAGGACUAGUACUAAGUUUCAAUUUGAUGGUGUUUGGGUGGAAAGCCAAGAUCUGUGCUUGGUGCUGCAAGGGACUUGUUGAUGAUUGGUGUUCACUACAAGUGGAUAACUUUUGGUUGAUUUAAGGGCUCCGUGCUGAUUUGAACUCCAUUAUCGGUAAAGAUGGGGGAAUCAGUGGAUUCUGGUAUUGGAUUUUAUAGGACGUUGAGGGUUAGUUAGAAACACCCAUAUUGGUAAGCUUUGAAACUUUGAGCUGCUGCUGAGGCCGCAUAGCCUUCGUCGGUUCAAAAUCUUUGUUGGAAAGGAGGGCUUUUAGGAUGUCUGGAGCACCUAGGGUUAGGUCCAUGAAUGUUGCCGAUUCAGAGACCAGGUCUGUCCUUGGACCUGCAGGUAACAAGGCUGGGUCAUUGAGUGCCCGAAAACCUGCCUCAAAGCCACUGAGAAAGACUCAAAAAUCACCCGAGGACGUUAUGGUGGCUGAAGAGAAGAAAACACUUGCAUCUACUACUGUCACUACGGCUUCAUCUCCUAAAGCUCAUUCAGUUCUUCGGCGCCAUGAGCAAUUAUUGCAUUCAAAUUUGUCACUGAAUGCUUCAUGUUCAUCUGAUGCCUCUACAGAUUCCUUCCAUAGUCGGGCAUCUACUGGCAGGUUAACACGGUCAUUUAGUACAGGAAGUAGGAGGAAGCAGAAUGUUUCAAAGCCAGGGAGUGUUGCUUCAGAUGGUUUUUUAGAAUCUUCUUCGAUUGAUGGCUCUUCAAACAAGAGGAGGUGUGCUUGGGUGACGCCAAAUACUGAGCCGUGUUAUGCUGCUUUCCAUGAUGAAGAGUGGGGAGUUCCAAUACAUGAUGACAAGAAAUUGUUUGAGCUUCUUGUCCUUUCGGGUGCUUUGGCAGAACUUGCUUGGCCUGCCAUUCUCAGCAAAAGACACAUAUUCCGGGAAGUCUUUUUAGAUUUUGAUCCUGCUGCGGUCUCCAAAUUGAAUGAGAAGAAGCUUAUGGCACCAGGAAGCACUGCGAGCUCCCUUUUAUCAGAACUUAAACUGCGUGCUAUCAUUGAGAAUGCAUGCCACAUGUCUAAGGUGAUAGAAGAGUUUGGGUCAUUUGACAAAUACAUAUGGAGUUUUGUCAACUGCAAGCCUAUAGUUGGUAAAUUCCGGUACCCUCGUCAGGUUCCAGUGAAAACUCCCAAAGCAGAUGUAAUAAGCAAAGACCUGGUGAGAAGGGGAUUCCGCAGCGUAGGCCCCACUGUUGUCUACUCAUUUAUGCAGGUAGCUGGUAUAACAAAUGAUCAUCUCAUCAGUUGCUUCAGAUUCCAGGAAUGCGUAAAUGCAGCAGAAGGGAAGGAAGAAAAUGGCAUCAAUGUUGCAGCAGACACAGAGAGAAGACCAGAUGGAGUGAUGGAAUCUGAAUUGUCCAUAGCUAUGGAUGGAUUGAGCUUCUCAUCAGAGUGAUAAACUUGUGUAUCUUUGGUGGAAAGUGGAAACAUUGACUGAUUCACAGCUACGCUUCCGGGUCGUAAUGAAAGAAGAUUUUCUGUAUAAAUUUCACAGAUUCCUUGUGCAUCAUGGAUUUCUGGAUUGUAGAUUAUCAGAAGUUGAUGUCAAUAGACUGAUGAGCAUGCUUAAUGUUAAUGUAUUAAUUUUUGUACAGUUGCAAGAGUUAGCUAGGAUUAGCUCACAAAACAUAGACCCAAUCUUUGAUUGAUUAGACCA